CUAGCCCAUUUUAGAAAAGUGGUAUGGCAAAAAGUCCAUGGCGCAUUCUCAACGAAAAUCCCGCGCAGUUAAACUCGAUCCAAAAUUCCGACAAAGCAUCAGCCGGCACUCUCCAUCCGCCGCUUCAUGGUCGCCCACGGCACGCCUAUUGGCAGAACUUUUUCCUGUCUGCAUAAGGCACAACCUGUCAAAAUCCCAUCCGCCGGCUUGUUUGCAUCUACGCCCAACCACAUGCUUUUUCCUUGCUGCUACCAAAACGCCCAUGGCGAUUUCUGAAAGUGCCUCCGUCAAGAGGAGCACUAAUCGAAUUGUACUCAUUGAUAAUUACGACAGCUUCACUUAUAAUCUAUGUCAAUAUAUGGGAGAGGUGGGUUGUGAACUCGAGGUGUACCAAAAUGACAAGCUCACUGUUGAUGAGCUAAAACGGAAAAACCCAAGGGGUACACCUCAAGAUUCUAGAAUAUCCCUACAGACAGUUCAGGAACUUGGACCUACAGCUCCAUUAUUUGGUGUAUGCAUUGGGGAAGCUUAUGGAGGAGAUGCUUAAGGUGUGAAAAAUGCGAAACAAAGACAGAUAAUGCAAGUGAAGCCUGUCAUUUUGUAGUAAAGUGGUCUGGGGAAUGAUAUUUGACAGAUCUGUCAUUUGGAAACAUGAUUAUUUUAUAUCUACAAGGAAAAUCGUGAGAUUUCAAUAUGGAGUUGUGCAUGGAAAAAGUUCUCUUGUAUAUUACAAUGAAGGUGGGGUAGAUGGCUUGUUCGCGGGAUUAUCAAAGUAAGUUCUUCUUUGUUUGCAAAAAUCUAUUGAAUUAUUGAAAAAAGGCAAUUGGUUAUCUCCACAAGUGCAUUUUGGCAUAAUUGUUUAAGCAUUGAUAUUAUGUGUCCACGGUCUAGGUUGAAGGUGUUGUAAAUGAAUUGGUUUUACUUGACAAAUAAAUAUAUGGAUAUUAUCGAUAUCAGUUUCCUCUUUGGAGUUUCCCUUUAUAUUCCUUUUUCUAUUUAUUUGUGUGGCAUUUGAUUUAUAACACAGUAGUUAUCAGAAUAAUUUGAAUAAAACCCAACAGUGUAAUUGGAUAAUUAGCCUAUGUUCGGUGGCAUACAAGCUCAUUACCGAGGUCUUUCAUUCUUAAACACUCCUCCCUAUGAGAACUAGGAAUCUAGCUCCCAACGAUGUUCCCG